AUGUUUGAGGACUUUGGAGCUUACUUAUUUUUUGGACUCGCAAUUGUGCCAAUAACGGCCUACUUCAACCAAUUCCUGUUUUUUAUUUUCGCAUUUUAUGUGAGGUAGGUUUCUCUCUGCAGAGUGGUCGUUGUAUACGUCCAAUAGCUUUUAAAAUCUUAAUACGUUUGCCCAUGGGCAUGCGUGCGUGCUAUAUUUUCCAAAAAACUGCGACGUCAUUCUCUUUUUAUACCGUCUGUUCGAUACACGUUUUUCAGAUCACAUGGUAUUUCCAAGGGUCUCUUUUAAAAUUGCGCAGACGUACAUUUAAAUGUACGAGAAUUUGUUCGAUCUCGUCACCGACACCAAUAGCAUUGUAGUGGUCUCUGUCUAUCACCUCCCAAUCAGCUCAGGUUUCCUGACUGUGUGCGACUAGUGAUCUGAUUGACUGGCUGAGCACUGCGUGCUCCUAUCACGCGAAGGGACUGUUGAGCGGAUUGCGUCCGUAGUGAAUACUGCAGUAGUCAUGCAAUGAAUUCCAAAACUAGCCGUAAACUAACCAUGCGGGUUAGCUCUGAGCUAGUGUGAUACAAUCAGUGAACACUUGAACUUUCAUGUUGUAAUGUCCGCGAAGCGUGGCCAGUCUGUGACCAAGGAACUUCCAGACUUGAAUUAAUGUGAGAAUUAGCCGCGUUAACCGCACAAGUGCGAAGUCCCCAUGACUAAGACAUCGGGACGCUCUUCAAAGUGACACUGGUUGUUUAAACUCCCAUGUCUUGCCUCUGCGUCGGCCACCCACCCAUGCGGACCUAUGGGGAAUGAGCUAGAAUAUUGUUAAAAUUAAAUCCGUCGAGGUCUUAGGGCCCAUGGUACUGAACUUAGUUGCUGGAUUUAGAUUCCGUUCAUCUCACGAAUAUGGGCCGUUUUCACCUACGAAUUCUCUCUUUUGUGUUGUGGCCUCCUCUCUAGAUUCUUUCCCGGGGCCAGUUCCACAUUGGCGAACCCUUCGUCUUCCCGUUACUUAUGUAUUUAUUGUAUUUAUAUUUGAGUGUUUAAACGCUGCUGGAAUGUCGAGUCACCACGUCUGCCAUCAGACAAAGUUCUCAUUAUCUUUUGACAUUUUGUUGUUUAAUUUCCACACUUGCCAGCGGCACUCUCUGUGUAUGCGUUUCCAAAUAUCCAUUACCCUUGGGUCUUUUACCACCUGUCGCACUGCAGCUUGAGGGGGAUUAGUAAUUGAGGCUAUCCUGCAAAUUCUAGGCAACCCUUAAAAUGAGACCGUCGUCUGAAGGAUGAAAGAGUGCCUUAUUCUUUAGAAGGCACUUCAGGUUGCAUGUAAUGCCUCUCGGUACUUAAGCCAUUAUUGGCCUGUUGCCCUACCUAUUUCCUUAACGCAAGUAACCAACUAACUAUGACUAUUCAAUCAAUAUAAAGAUCCAUUGCAUUGGUAUUUGCUUGCUGACCGCACAUUAGAUCGCUGUGUGCAUUUGCGAUUAGUUCAUAAUACAUUUGGUAUUCGCCAUUCGAACAAUCAGGUGUUUCAGGCUACAUGGUGCCAAAAUAAAUAAUUUGAGCUACUAAGUAGACGAAGGUGGAGCACUCGCAGCAAUGUUUCCUCCUACAACCGCAUUGCCUACUUGUACUUUCUUUUCUACCAGACCCGCCCCCUUCUAAUCUUCACAAGCAAACAAAAUACCGACCAACCGGCAGGCCCACAUUUGCUAGGCAAAAUGCGAGCUGAUUUGGGCUUGGGCUAAUUGGGUCUCUUGUUCAUUUAGCUGUUUGUGUUAGCCUUCCGUCAGAGAUCUUUCAGGAGUCGCAUUUUGGUUGUAUAUUCACGUUCACGUGGCGGCUAUUUUUGAGUCUUAAAGUUCGAACUGGUCACAUGUUUUCUGUUUCGUCGUCUGUUUCCGCUUGCACAUUCAGUUCUGUGGAUUGGAAACUGAGUUUUUUUCCGACACCUUAUUAAUUGAGAGUCCUAAAGAUGUCAGUAAUGUCUUGGAUCUCCCAAACUCCACGGUGUCAGGGUCUUGUAUGCUAGACCAAAACGUUAUUUUGUUUUAGCCAAAUGGCUUACUCGCUGUUUAGUCAUUAAUUUUACAUAACAUACAUGUUUGAGCUGUUGCAUGGCAUGCCUUACCGCAAGAACCUUCUGUUGCCUGUUUCAUGAGUACUUUUAUCUACUUAACCCGGCAAAUCUAAAAUGCAGGCUUUUCGAUAGUCCCCCUAAUUUUCUGCGUCAUCUCUCUUCCCGUCCGGACGUCUCACGCAGGAGAUGUCUUCGUGUCUAUGCUACCUUGUCACCUGAACUUUUAAAGACUUGUCCUCCCCCGUUUAGUAUUCCUGUGGUUUAACUAUGUAGCUUUUUGUUCUCUAGCAUUUGUUUCAUCAGUCGUCGAGAGUAGAAGCCAGUUUUGAUGUUUUCAUUAUCUGACUUGCUUGUCUCACAGUCUCUCCUUCCCGAACUGUUAUAAAAUUGAUGUUCCCACGCAAAUAUUAUCUGUCGCUUUUCUUGAUUUGCUUGUUUUGCUUUUGCAAUCCUUAAGGCUAUCUAUUGCUGGGUUCAUCAAGAAUUUUUUGUUUUCAGUUCUACCAAGUUUUACAGGAGACCCAGCCAUCCCCUGCAACAUUUCCCUGGCGUAACUAUUGUUAAGCCACUCAUGGGCCUCGAUCCCCUUCUCCGUGAAAAUCUUGUCAGUCAUAUGGAACUUAAUUAUCCGAACGUGAGUCAAUGUUUGACCUCCAUUUCCGCUUCGAUUGAUAGACCACCCCCUCCGUGGUUGUAAAAAUGGUCGUUUACGGACCAACGACUUAUAGCCGCGAAUGAUACAAUUUAUUCGGAGCUCUGGAAUUAUUUUGUUUUUUUCAGAAAUCCCAAUAUUGUGUAGCAUAUUACAUGAGCUUAUUUAAGGUUGGCCAUGGGCUCAGAAUAUAGCAGGUUUUUAACUGCCAGCUAUGACCCUUGAUAAAACCAAGUCUGCACUCAAAAGAUGCAGUAAAACGUGUGUGUAAAACGGCCCGCAUGGGGCCGGUCUUAUUGAAUAACAAGCCAAAUAUGGUGGAUCUACUAGUCAGCGACGAAGUGAAAUUUAUUUGCUUCCGGCGCUGUGAUCCGGAUGAGCACGCUCUUUGAAAGCUGGUAUUCGUUUGAAUCGAACGUAUCCAUGCGUUCGCAGUGUGCUUAGCGGACCCCUUUUAAGGUAGCGACCAUUAUCCUGUUUGUUCCUUUUUGGUGCAUUCAACCUAGAAAAUUGGCUAAUUAAUUCUUUCCAUCUAAAUAGUUCGAGAUCGUCUUCUGUGUAGAAUCGCCCGAUGACCCGGCACUUGACCUGGUUCAGUCACUCCUCCGAGAAUACCCCAACGUCGAUGCCCGUCUCAUUGUCGGUAAGUCUCAUCCGCCCCCUCGACCACUCAGUCUGGUAGCUUUCACAGAAGGCCAACCUUUGAGUGCCAAUAAAGGAUUAUAUUUUAUCAUUAGCCGAGAUUUCGGUCUCUGUCUUUGCGGGUGAUGUUCUAGUAACAAUAUCCUGCUGGAAUAAUCGAAAUCUCAUGCUUCGAUGGCAACUUUAAGAUAGUUAGUUGAAACUGUGUGCGAACACAGUGACUCGCCUUUUUUCUAGCCGACGGUCUGGUAUCUCUACUUGUAUCCCAAAUAAUCAGCGGCAAUCGACGCUCUCCCUCUAACACAGCCAACCCAUUUGGAUUUUCGAGUUGUCCUUUACCGCUGAUACGUGGCUUCUUUGUGUGCGCAUAGUCAAACAGCUGCAUGCACUGGUGACGGUGAUGGCGGUGGCGGUCAUUCGACUCUUAACGCGUGCCAAAAAGAGCACUCUUAUGAGCACUCAUACCCCUCCCGUUCCGCUGCCGACAGUUAUAAACGUUGGGCAGCUGCCAGUAAAUGAGCUCUGACCAUUUGCUGUUGCCAUUGUGGAAAACUCGCACACGCUGCCUCUUUUCUGCUAGCCAAUAGUUUUUUAUCCUGAUGACCUGCAAAGGUUUCUUUCUGUUCGACUCUUCUCCGUGUAAUUUAUUCCAAAAAACAAACCGCCAGCUGCGGUUGUUUUUAAGUGCUACCUCAGCCUGAAAAUAUAGUUCUAUUGGUGAUUGCGCUCCGUGGUGGAGUAUUGAGACCAAAAAUUCAAACAAAUAGCAGGAAUACUUUGGCUACUUCGAACUUUUUUUCCAAUUCUUGGUAAUCUACAGUGUUUCCCGUUUUCAGGAGGAAGUGGAAAUAUUGUCAACCCGAUGGUUAAUAAUCUUCUCCCGGGCUAUGAAUCAGCGAAGUACGACUUGAUCUGGAUUAGCACAAGCCGGAUUAGAGGUUGGUGGGUCUGCUAUUCGCUUUUUCAUUUUCUUCAACAAGGCCCCCAUCAUUUCAUCGUUUAUAUGCUUGUUUUAGUCAGUAAGGAGGUCUCCGUGAGUUAGCGCUCUGAAUCCUCGUUGAAAACGCCACCACUACUCUUUUUUACGUUUUGUUUAUUUCUUGUUUGGCCCAGCUGCAUGUAUCAAUAUACGACAACUGAAGUAAUGUUCACAUUUGUUGGUGCAGUUUUCGUGUUAUCUUCGUUAAAAAUCAAUCUAUCCCUUCCACCUGCUUUUAUGUGGUACUUAUUUAGCUCUCGCAGAUUACGAUAACAUUUCUCAUCCCUUCGCCCCAACUCCGAUAUCUUAAAUAGUCAUUGGUGCGCAAACGGUUCAUAUUAGCCAAGUUGGGAUUCUCCGACUCGCCUCUCCACCGCUCGAUGUAACGUACUUUGUCGAAUUGUUUGAAUUGUGCGUGUACUAGGCCUUGCCCACAUUUAUAUCGUCCACUGAGCCGGUUUUCGACACGCAGACUAAAAACGGCCACCUCCUCGCAUUACGGAAUCGCAGAUAGUGGAGACUGGGUGUUUGUCUUCUGGAAAAUGCAAAUUUUGCCGUUGUGCAUCGUUAAGCAGCCUUUCCACCUCGCGUCAAAAUCUGCUAUAUAUACCAGACAGAGAGCGCACGCAUGCUUAAAACAAGCCUUUUUAUUCCGCGUCUAUAAAUCCCUCUGUCCUUAUUUCAAGUGUAACCACCCUUUACUGUAUCAGCUAAUCGACUUAAAACCGUGUAUUAGGAUUGAUCUCUCCUCCUCUGUUGACUGAAUAUGUCAGUAACCCACGCAUUCCUUCGGACCCGCGUUUAUUAAACUACGACCCGCUUAUGUAUGACUGGUUUCACGCCCACCCAUAAAUGCACUAGAGCUGUCGAUGCGAUAGCAUGGUAUUCAACCCCAGUUAGAUUGCAGAACGAAAAUCGACCCCUCACUCCACCCUGCACUGCCGACCAGCGAGAUUUGCACCUGGUUAAAGAGUCUCACUUUAUCCGUUUCGCGUAAUUUCUGAGCUAAGUUAGCUGCUCAUCUUCUGUUGCCUUGGUAUGGUUGCCAAAUUUAAAUGUUAAUGACUUGAGGGGAUCUCCCCAUUGGGUCUUGUACGCCUAAGUUCUCAUCUAAUUCACUUUCGGCGACUGAACUUCGCGCACUUUACAUCUAGGUGCUUUGAAGGGGAGGGAUGUACACUGUUAUCUGAAUCUUUCAGUAAGAUUAUUUUUCAACCCAACUGAUAAAAUUUUGUUGAAACAUCUGCAGGCUUUUUUCGCAUCGCAGUCAUCACGACAUUAGAAUACCUGCCCUUGUUAAAUUUCAGUGUGUGUAAGAAGGGUGCCAUUCGACUUUUGCGUUUUGGGGUCGCACGAGGCCUUAAAGAUCGCGCCCUUUUCCUUUUCUUUUUUCUAGUCCACACACAAAUAAUGGAGGAUCUUGUGCGGAAGUCAAAGGACCCUUCUGUAGCGCUUGUUCAUCAACUUCCGUUUUACAAUGACCAGCGCGGCUUCACGAACGCGUUGGAGAAGGUGGGCCUUCUUUUAAUUGAUUUUCUUCUGGGAUAAAAAGGCUACACUGACAGCCAAUGCGUUCGCAUCAGCUGUCGUACAGCCAGGGCGGAUCGGUGGGCCUAUGACCCCAUAGCUCCACAGGUAGAACGUUAAACCCAAUAACCACUGUAUCUGACUUCAACUCUCAGAUCUUCCCAAUCUGAGGCUGGUGAUAGACAAUAAGCCAGGAACGGUUGUUCCGGACUCGCUUGUCCUUGUCGGUGAUGAUUCUCAAAACUGCUAAUAUAGGUUGGGUAGGGUGUUCAUGUAUGUUUUUUGGGGGAAAUUCUCUGUAAAUACCGCGUCCUUAAACGAACGACUGUAGCAAGCCAUGCAGUACUGUGUAACUGUGAUAGGCUUAGUUUGCGGACACUGGCCCAUUUUGACGAGGAGCCCAAACAGGUCCUAAAACCCCGUCUGUUCCUCUUUAACUUCCCCAAAUUUUAUUCAAAGUCAGGCAGAAUCACCUCUCUGCUUAUUUCCUGGGACACAUAUAUGUAUUUUCGAGCGCACAGAUUGAGGCUGUGUAACACAAGGCCGAAGAAUGGUACUUGGAAGUCGACAUUGGGUGGGGACGAGAUUCACACUGAAAACCUCAUCAUGCCACCCGCUGUAGGGAUGAUUACCAGAGGACAGUGGUUCUGUUCCACCUCCACGGUUGGGUUAACAGUUGCCAGAGUUUCUGCCAGUCGAACCACUUGUUACAUUAUGACCACUUUCGUUUGUCUGGCAAAUCACUGUUUCAGCCUCUUAAUUGGUUUGGCGGCUAACUGGAGGGCAUAUUUGUAAUAAAGCUUGCGCAAAACCGUAAGUCGCCUUUUCAUCGUGCAUGGGGAUAUUUUUGUCUUGCCGAGAAAGUUAGGUCAUGCAUGAAAUUCCAGCUCACGUGUUUCCUCCUUGCUCUGUCAAAAGGAAGAUGAGUAAAGGUCGAAACUCAGCUCCACCGUUUUGCUUUCCUGAAACUUGUUGGCUCAUGUGGGAGACCGCCAUCAAGGAUAAUUACUUCUUACUUGGCCCCCAGACUCCGUUGCUCCUUUACCGACUGGCGAUUAAUUAGUCUCAAGGCUGGCAAGUUGGUGCUAAUGGCACGCACGCCAACUUUACACUUGGCGCUGGACUUUUUUGGCGGCCCUUUAGCAUUUGUAACGUCACACUGUUAGAAGGAACAAAUCGACUCAAAGACACAAGCAGCAGGUCUUUCUCUGUUGGCAUCUGUCCUCUUCCAGCCGCCCGAUUUGGACUUGCACCACGCCGGAAGCGUUACACAUCUAUUCGCACUGCUGUCGACUGUCUCGCACCAAUUCACGUCUGAUGCGCUCUUGCACUUUGCUCUCAUUGUCUGCACGGUGACAUUUGCGUGCUCAUCUCUCACCUAACCGGCGUGUGACUUCACCAACCUCUGGUCGCAGACACGAAAACGUUCCCGUGUACGUGCGUGCGUGCGUGCGUGCGUGCGGUGUGUGCAAUUCAACUCAACCAUCGGUUUGUACUGACCCGAGCGCCCUGCUGUUGUUUGCUCUGUCGUGUGAACUCACACAGUCACUAUCGCCCAGCCAUAUCCAUUUUUAGCGGCAAUCAAAGUUCUCCAGAGGCCGUCUGCCCAUCGGCUCUAAGUCCUUUCACGACGCCUAAAGAUCAGUCCUAGAUAAAUUACUCGGUAAGAAACCAUACCGGUUGAAAAUCCGUCCCGGAAUUUCACCUCAGCUGCUACGACUGCGCUGCUGCAUAAAGCGUUGUGUGCAACGGCCAACUCAUUACCACAGAUCCGGCCAGUAGCUCAGGUUGCUUUGGAUGCGAUGUCUAAUCCACCUUUGUUGGCUUCCAAAUGCUGUGUAAUAAAUAGUUCUCUGUGUUUAUUCUGUGAGUUGGGUAAUUUUUAUGUCUUUUUGAUCUUUACGCUUCAGGUUUCGGUUAAUGUUUUAUGCGUUUCGGUGCGUACGGUAUUUGCAGGAGUAACACCUUGCACCAAUUGGGGUCUUUCAUCUCGAUUGCCUUAAGCUUCUCUCUUGGUUAUCGGUUUUGUCCUAUUAGUAGAGUCCCCUGGAGGCGAAGGUAGACAGCUUACCGUUCCUACGUUUUUCGUAGGCUGCCAGCUUGGCACGCCACGGAAGGUUGUUCCGAACAUUCACGUGAAGAGUAGGCAUGAGGGGAGAAAAGCUAACGCUAAUUUCUGCCGUACCUAAAGUUUCAGUCGACUGCAAACUGCAGACACCCAAAUAGUUAGCAUUUAUGCAAUGCAAUUUGAAGUGGCGUGCCUAAGGUGGCCUCAGUGCUUUCGAGUAUCCUUAAUGACGCUUUAGUUCAUUUUUCCCUUUUACGCAGAGAUCCUGGUCCCUGGUGGUUUCUCUACGUUGAUUUGUCUCCCCCCACCCCCAUCCCCCCCCCUCCUAUCGAUCCUUCAGGUCUGCUUCGCCUGUUCUCUCGGUAGGAGUUCAAUAUCACUCAACUUCAUGGGUGUCCUCUGUUUCACCGGCAUGUCCUACCUCGUGAAAAAAUCCAUCCUGGACAAGUACGGUGGUUACGCGUACUUUGGGAAAUAUCUGGCCGAGGACUUUUUCUUGUCGAAAGAACUACACAAAAAGUAAGUGUACAUAUGUGUCUUCUACCUAGCCUCAGGGCUAAGUGCAGCUCCAUGUACGGGCGGGGUAUGCACGUUCCUCCCACUCUUUUACAUAUGUUUCCAUCUCGACAAAAGCACUAGACUGGCAGGGGAGGGGGGCAUAAUAAACAGAUAUUCCAGAAGAAACAACAAGAUUACUUCAUCGAAGAAAACCAAGUUAUUUACCAUCAGAAAGGCAGAAGGAAAAAAGUUAACUCCAAGUUCGCACACUGAGUUGUGAGGAAAUUAAAAAGCUUAGCAUCGAAAAUUGAAGUAUGUGCCAGUAAGUAUCUGGCCACCGCUGGAGAAUCCACUGAUGUGCCUAACCCCUUUCAGCUGCAUUACGCGGCAGCACAAAAUUGAUGAAACGCGUGUCUGGGCCUUUAGCUGGAACUUAUGACAGUAACUCACCCCACUCCACAGUGUUCCCUUAUUCUCUUUGAGCUGUCGGGAUUGUCGUCCAAAUCUUCUGUUAUAACUUCUUUCAUAAUGGAAUUCUAUGGACUCAUGCGGCGCUUUCUUAAAUACAAAGAUACCUUGAAGAAUAUGUCCUUGGCGAAAAUAGGAAAAAACUGCCCUUCGUUUAGUUUUCUCCCGGCAGAAUUUACUCCAAAUGGAUGGAAAAUCCCACUUUUUACGCCUUAUGACCAGACGAUUUGGAUUGAAACAUUAUGACUGCAAUCUAGAGGGAAAAAAUUCAUCAUACGUUCUCAUCAGAUGUGCUGUCGACUACCUAUUUUACUGCCUGUUUUUACUUACUCGCCAGGUCUCCCAAACGACCUGAGUCACUGUUGCGCUAUACCGAAACGGGCCCAUAUUUACCCGUACAUAUGUUAGUGGGUCCGCGCUGAACCUGUACGAGUCUUAAACUACUGCCGCGAAUGUGUGUGGAGUAUAUUAGACAGAGGCUUACGCCAUAUCAUCCAGUCUGCUCACUAAUCGACCAACAGACUUGGACACAUAACUGGUGCAUGCAAGAGACAAGGGGUAGGUCAGCAUUGAGGCACUACUGCUUGUGAUAAUUUAAUGUAUUCCUCACCGCAAUAAGUCCGGCACCCUUGAAAGUAUCACGGGACACCGAAAGUCGUCACUUCGAAGGUUGUCAACUGAAAGAAUAAGUCGGUCCUACCUCGGACCGAAGAUCAGGCCACAACGGCUUCCUCUCAGUCUGGCCUUUAUUGCAACCCCUUGCUGAGAGCUCUGAGACCCCCUAUUCUACGACCGAUUUAUGUGUAGGCAGGGGUUAGCAGGUGUGUGGCGUGCGUAGACAUGGCCUAAGUUCCGUCAUUCACUGCGACUGCACCCAUCUCUGGUCGUCCUAACUUAGUCUUUCCGCAGGGACGCGGUGGGCAUGGAGGACCGGGUUUGCCUCAAUAUAAUAUUUCACGCCCAAGUCAUCACUGAGCCCUCGGAGUAGUGGCGAAUCUCCUCGACUGCGCUAGUCACAACAUCCAAAAGUGAUGAAUAUUUGUGGUUAUGGCCCGGCCUUUUGUCCCAAUCAUAGGAUCCCCCUCAGUUUGCCGUCAUUCGCUACCACAACCCCGCCCUUGAGAUUUAUUAUUUCUUUUAGGUUGUAGUGGUAUAUUGGUCAUCCAUCGGCAUCAUUGCGGUGACUUUCCGUUUUCUAAAUUUUUUUAAUGCAGUCUUUCCCCUGGUGUUUGAGUCUGUGGCUGCUAAAAGGAAGUUUUAUUGUCCCUAUCAUUUCCCUUUGGGUAAACUGUCUUUCAUAGCCCUUGCAAUACUUUCCUUUGUCUAUCGUCUAAGCACUAUUAUCUGUUCUGCGAAAAGCUACACGUACUCAUCUUGUGAAAGUCAGGUAGGAGAACGGUGCUUUUCAGUAUGUCAUCGUCACUGUCGAUAUAGGCGAAAAUGGCAACUCCGGGAAGCGUCUGAAAAGAGGCAGGCACAAUCGCGUGAAUUGACAUUUUAUUCGCCCGACGUUUCGGGUUCACACUCCAACCCAUUACCAGAUAAGGGCAAUAGAUGCACAAGGUUUGCAAUAUUUGCAGAAUUCAAUCGCAAUGCCGCCGAAUACCUAUCAAAAUUAGCAGAUCCCUUGUUCAUCGCAGACGGUUGUACUGCAUGCAAUAAUAGCUUGAUAUCCCGAAUUCGAGUCUGUUAUCGCUGCAAUUUUACCACUCGGAUAGGUUAUUGACGUGAUAAUUACUCGCCAGUUUUGCUCACGGACGCCGGCAUUGAAAACAGUGUCACAGCAUUGAGUACGAAGGAGAGAGGUCACUGCGUUUGUUAACAGGCUGAGAACCGGACAGCCAUGACCAACACAGCUCGCGGCUCGCGCGGGUGUGACUAGAAUUUCGGCCUCGCCGAACUUGAAGAUGUCAAAAAUGCCCAUUGAAUAAGUGUUCCUGGUAGUCAUCUGGUAGAUCCUAGACUUAUUGCUUGAGCUGUCAACUUUCUCUAUCAGAAUUGGUGAAUUUCACCCGUUUCAGUAGGUUGGGUGGGUAACUUAGUUCAAUUGGGGUUAAACUAAAGUCUCUAGGUUGGGGCCUCGUAGCCCAGGUGACCAGGCGUUAACUGCGCUGAAGCCUUGUUCGUGUUGUCGUGGCUUCGAAUCCCACCGAGGCCGUCGAAUUUUUAUUAAUAAGCUCAGGAGAAUGCUGAAUAAAGGUAACAAAGUCCUGCACUGGCGACACGACGAGAAUAAGACAUGUUAACGAUGGAAUGCUGACGGCCUACCAGCUUGUGGUCAACAUCAUAGGUCAUACUCUGCCCGGAGAUAAGUGCCUCUGGCUCCACCGCUAAGGUAGCGGUUUGAUGUUGACAUCUGUUUUAAAGGUUUGAUAUGAACGUAGACGAGUAGGUGGGAUGCUUAUGGCCUACGGGUCGCGCUAAAAUUGAGAUGGAGGGAGAGGAGAGAAGAAUUCAAAAACCACACAUAGAGCAUAAGAAAGAUGGUAGAAAACGUACUGCGACACAAGCAGAUCGCCGCAUAUGCCUGAAGAAUGGAAUUAGUAGCUCCCAUAACCACUCCUGACAAUGGACAAUCUUCUCGUGCUGUCACAUAUGUUUACAGAAUUGAAGGUCUCUAGGACAAAGCAGACCUUUAUCUGAAAGAUGUUUGAGGUUAGUCGCCGAGUUCUUCUAACUUGUGCUUAAAGCGUGGCAAAAGAAAAUUUCAAAUUAUGCUUAGAAAAAGCACUGCUAUCUGAUUCUGUUCGCACCAAUAGUCAUUCAUUGAAUACUUUCCACAUAUUUUUCGACGCCCUCCUGCCCCUUUAGUCCUUGAGUAUCCUCUCUAGUCGAAAAUAAAUAUCAGAAUUCUGGUUAACACUUCAUGGGAUAGGCCUGUUGCCGUAUCUUCUUUCCUUGAGCUUCUCAAUAAUUUCGGGGACUUAAUAGGCCGUUCAGAAGAUAUCGAUUUCCUGGAAAACUAAAUUUACUUACUAACACAGCAGAGAUCUGACUAAUUUCCUCGUAUGUCACCCUAAUUGAAAACGCAUUCCAGAAUUUCGGCUAACAUUUCAUGCGAUUGGUCACUGACUGGUCACCUACCGCUGUAACUCCCCGCCCCUCAGAUUUGCGCUUGUCUGUGUACUUUCUGCCUACCACAGCGCAUUGCACUGUUCCUAAAGGCAUCUUAAGUGUUUAACGGUCCCUGUACUCACUUGGUGGUCGAUCUUAAGAACCCCCCACUGAAAGUUCAGGGGUUUCUGGCCAAAGAUGUGAAAUUUGCUAACCAAAAUGGUAUGCAGGCUUAUGCUUGCAUAUGGUCCGCCAGUGGGUUGGUACAAAGAAGGAGUAGUGUGGCGCACCGCUCCUGGUCACUCCAAUUUCUUGAAUCUAGGCUAAGGCUGCCCCUUCCCCUGAGGGUGCCCACCUCAGAAUUCAACACUGUUGUCUGACACGGCGGUAACUCCGGGCUUACCGCAGUCCGCCUGAUCGUGCGGGAUGCGCGUCAGACAGGACCCAGCACCCAAAGAAACUCGCUGACUAGUGUUCUCCCCUCCUUGUCUUGCCCUGAGCGACCUGUGUGCCUAGUGGUCAGUCUUUGUCAUAUCCAGUGAGGACGUCGGAGACAACCCCCCUUUGUCUGCUGUUAACAGUUUGGCCUACCCCUAGACUGCCUUUUUCUAUCGCCAUUUAUCCCCCUUCUGUCAGCCUGCUUCCAUUGCCGACUAAAUAACCGCCAGGCGAAGCUGAGUUGGGUUUUUUUUGCGCGGGUCUCGAUUCCCACUCGACCUUGCCGUCCCCGCCGCUCUAUUAAAUCUUGAAGGCCAAAUCAUAUGUUAGUCCCUUGACUCCAACUAUCACUGCAGUGUCAGGUGUAUUAGGGGCAUCCGCAACUCCGGAUACAUAGAGAUACCAAGUUAUCACCGUGGCAACCAUCACCCGAUGAAAUAAGGUAGAAUAGUUGUUAUUAAAAUCAACUGUACCCAUACACUCUUUUGAAUCCGAUCUAAGUACAUUAUGCUUAAGCUAGUGGCCGUCACUCCUCAGGCAGACGUAAAACGGUUAUUUUUAUUCAUAUUUGUGGCGACGCAGGAAUUUGGAUCAUUUCGCUGCAUAUGCCAUACGGCUUAACAAGGAAUUGUGCAGUGUCAUACUAUUCUUAUUGACUAGAUUGUUCGUCGAGCUUGGAUUAAAGGCCGAUCGUCUGGAGAUCUGAAAGUGGGCCACUUUGGUUUUAUUGAAGAACUGGCGUGGGCAGCUGCUUCCGCCACGCAUUUUUUUCAGAAUUCUCUUUCAGUAUUAAAAAUCCAGCCGUUCGCACUUAGUAAACAUGGGGCUGGCUUUCGUACGCAAUAGGUACUCUACUGUAAGUUAUUUUCUGGUCCCGCUUCGAUCUAGCUAAGAGCAGCUUUUUCAUGACUCCGUCUGUUUAAUUGGCUGUUUCCUUACUAACUUUUUUUUAUCUCCCAGAGCUCUGGAUAUUAAUUAGAACAGAAUGAAUGACUUCACAAAAACACUCUAAUUUUCCUUUCUCUACUCCUACAGCUCAUCUGUAGGUCCCUUAUAAAUUUAAAUUACCCAUUGAGUGCAUGCGAGCGCUAGUCGUAACUACUAGCAACAGUCUUUUUACACGGCAGACCAUCGUAUCCUUAAUGGGGGCCUUUAUUUUCUGCAAAAACGGACACACCCAGUCCACUCGCCGAAAUUUCGUCUCGUCAGCCUUCAUGGAUUGGCUAUUUUGUGUACUUUUCACAAUGCAGCAUCGUUUACAGCGCUUUAUAAAAGCAGUAGAGGCAUGGCCUGCUCGAUUUGCAUCUUCGAAUUUUCCUGUUUUUAUAUUUUGUUUGAUUCCUGAUAAGUUCGCGUAAGCAUCUCGGACCCUGAAAGUUCGUCAGUCGCAUAAACUUUUUUGUCCCGGCGUUCUAUGUAGCAUGCAUUUUAACUUGACUUAAUCUUGUUUUUCUCCUAAACAGCGGCUACAAGAUAGUCAUGUCUGACUUUCCAGCGCAACAGAACGUCGCCGGAUCUAGUCUUUCGAGCUACGUGGCGCGCAUGGUGCGAUGGUUGCGGCUGCGACUAAAUAUGCUCCCUAUUGUAGCGGCAGUCUUUGAGCCAAUGA